GUGGUACUCGAAGAUGGCAAAGAGGUAACGGAACGUAGAAACGAAACUGGCGAGUUCGUCCAGGAUGCAGGAGAUGAAGGUGGGAAUACCGCAGUGAAAGGUGUUUCCAACAGGCGGCGGAAGAAAGUCGAGCAUGCUACUCGGAUGGGAUUCGUAAUAGACUUGGAGCCAGAUUUACAGCUCGCAAACAUUUGCCCUGGUGUUUACCUAGGUAGUCAAGACGUAGCCAAUGAACUGACAGUCCUUCUGUCCGAAGGAAUCACCCAUAUAGCAAACGUGGCCACGGGUGUGCCAAACCAUUUCCCAACGAAAUUCGUUUACCUCCGCUUGGAUGUGUUGGAUCUGCCAUGGACAGAAAUCGUUCAAGAUUUCCCUACUGUACAUGGAUUUAUGAAGAACUGCGUUGAUAAUGGAGGAAAGGUGCUCGUGCAUUGCAACGCCGGUAUUUCACGGGCAGCGACGUUCGUAAUCUCAUACCUGAUGGCUUAUCAUGGAAUGACCUUUCAGUGCGCCCUGGAAACGGUCAAGAAGGUCCGGCCAAAAGUAAGGCCGAAUACGGGUUUCAUAAAGCAGCUCAAGUCUUUCGAAGAGUCACUUUCAGCUCAAAGAGUCUUAUGA